CCUCAUGGAUUUCACAAUCAUUACCACAAACAGCAAAUGGAUUUUCAGAGCUCUUAGAUUAAGCAUUAGUGUGAUUGUUUGCUCAUUUUGAACGCAUUUGUAUCUUGUUAAAGUGGGGAUUUUCGACAUGUGACUUGGGGGAGAGAAAACAAGUGCCCGGAUUCCACAGAAAAGUGUUUCUUUCCAGUUUCAUUUUCGUCCUCGAUCUUAGCUCAUUCUUGGACGGUCCAAGCAACUGGUAUACUGACAACAAGGUGAGCUCUAUUUUGCAUCCAGGACUAUAAAUGAAGAGUCCCACGUGUUUUUGAUCCCAUCUCUGUGAUGAAUGGACUAAUUUCAUAACAUACCGACCUUUCUGGAGCACUAUCAUGUUCACUUGGCUUCUAUUUGCCACACUGUUCUGCACAGGCACACAGCUCGGAAAUGGCCCUGAUAAUGGUGUCCCACAGUGUGGAGUUCGGGAUAUGAUGGGGACACAUGACUCCUCUAAGCAGAAGAUCCUCGUGACAUGGGAAGACGACUCGUCCUGCUCCACAGGACAUGACUUGCUGAUCUAUGAGCUGCAGGUUCUGAGGGGAAAUGAGCCGUUACACCAUGAUGAAGUUUUUGUGACGGCAGAUCAGAUCGGAUCUACUCACUCCUGGAGUUGGAGCCCCCCUUGGGCAUUAGAGUGUGCUUCCCAUUCUGUGAGAGUCCGUUCCCGAAACAAAAACCACACAAGCCCUUGGAGCUCAGUGCAGGCGGUUCCCGAGACCAGCCCCCAACAACGACCAAAGCUUUACCCGAUGGACAGAAUAUUCGAGGUUGGCAGCAGAUUCACCUUCUGCUGCAUCCUGGAGCCAGGGGGGCAAUUCCACAAAAUGUAUGCACGGGGAAACAGCACUGCGGUGAACACUACCAAGAUCAGCAACCAGACAUACGCCCUGACUGUUGACCUGCAUGGUCCGUCAGAUCGGUGUCGCACUAAUGUGAGAUGUAACAGCGAUGAUCAUGGUACCUGCGUGUAUGUUGGCUACCGGCCAGAUGUCGGGGACCUGAAGUGUGAGAGCCGGGAUCUGAUGUCAGUCGAAUGUCAGUGGAGCGUAAAGAGAGAUACACACCUGAGCAGAAAGAAUCGCACAGAGUAUGAGCUGCUUGGAAGACCAUGUUCAGCUUGUGAUAAAAAAUCCAAUAAGUGCAGAUGCAAACAGAGCGUGGAAGUAAAUGUUGGUGAGAGGAACUGGACACUUACAGCCCAAAAUGUGCUUGGCAAGAUGGAGUUGACAGACCAAGCAGACCUGACAAAAAGAGUGCACAUGUUCGCUCCAGAGAACGUCGCAGCUUUAACUGUGAACGCCAGAAACGUCACUCUGGAGUGGAGUUGGGGGAUACAAAAGUACCAUGAGCUAGAUCUCCUGUGUCAAAUACAGCUGAACUACUAUGGACAAACGCACACAAGGAAUUACUCUGGAGUCGGUCUUAAUUUUGCAGUUUUGAGUGGACUGAUUCCUAAUCAGGCGUACACAGCAAAGGUUCGAUGUGGAACAAAACAGCAUUUCUGGAAGUGGAGUGAAAACAGUGCCAGCACCUUUCACACCAAGGGCGACAUUCCAGACGCACUAGAUGUGUGGAUGCAGACGGGGAGCAACCAAACUAUUAUAGUAUGGAAAACACUACUGGCAAACCAGAGUCAUGGUGAGAUCAUAACGUAUGAGGUGACCUGGGCAAAGGCCUCAGAGAAGAAACCACAACAUAAAAGAGAAAUUCCUCCACAUGAGCGCAGUGUUGCUCUCAGUCUCGACGCCGAUGAGGAGCAUCUUGUGGCCGUCACAGCUCAGAAUAUGCACGGCAUGUCGUCUCCGUCAGCCAUCACCGUCCCCAGGCACCAUCCAGGCAGGGUGAUGAACGUCUCUCUCAUCACUGGCGCAAACGGUGGUUUCCACGUGUCCUGGCCUGCUAACCCUGCAGCUAGCUGUGGCUACGUAGUGGACUGGUGUCCCAGCUUGGGGAGUUGCAGUGUGGAGUGGGUCAAAGUGCCUCUUGGAGUAACUACUGCCACAGUAUUAUCAGAAAACUUCACAGAUGGAGUGAGAUACUCUUUGUCCAUAUAUGCCUGCACCCCAGGAGCCCCAGAGCUCCUGGAGAGAAGAGAGGGCUAUGUAAGAGAGACAGAAAUUCAACCUGGGCAGUUUGAGUUGACAUGGAAGCAGCUGGGUUCAGAUGUUGAGGUUUCCUGGCCUGCCAUCUCUCUAAGAAGCCAGAGUGCCUUCAUUCAAGGCUACGUUAUGUAUUAUACUACCAACUCUGAACACCACCAGGGUCAUGGCAGAAUGUCCAGUGUCAGCACAGACAACCCAGAAGCAACCAGCCUGACUGCAAGAAACCUCCCAGUCAGCUCCUACACCUUCAAAGUGAUGUCACUGACAUCGAUAGGAGAGUGUGGUGAUACAUCCUUAUCAGUAACCAUGUCAUCAGCCACUGAUAACUUGAUCAUGGUCAUCAUCAUUUCCCUAGUCAGCGUUUUCGUUCUCCUUUCCCUCAUUACUAUCCUUUGUUACAGACACUGGGCAUGUGUCAAACAGAAGGUCUAUCCUCCCAUCCCAAAGCCCAUUCUGACUGGUAACUGGUUGACAUCACUGGACAAACCUGCUCAAUACAGGCUCCAAUAUGAUUCACGAGACAGUGAAACAGAUAUUGUGGAAGUGCCCGAGCUGUGCAGUAAACUAACUCCAGUCGAUGGCGAUAUAAGCCAGGAGGAGGAAGGCCCCUGUGUUGUGACACAAACUCAGUCUCCCAAUGCUUACUGCAACCAGCCCCUGAGAAACAGCAGCCCAGCAGCCCUCCCUUUAAUCAGCAAAAACCUCUUACCUCCAUUCAGAGGCAUGUUGGAGAACCCGUCGUACAACGUGGCCCUGCACAUUGAUGAGCAGUAUAUACAGCAGCCUGGUGUGGGCUCAGUGUCUCCCUCCAGUCGAGAGCUUCAGGAUGUGACGUGUGCAGAGAAAAACUGCGCUGGUUACCAGCCUCAGAGUCUAAAGGAAACCAGCAGUCCAAUUUAAACACCAGAUGCUCCAGAUGAACCUUUUCACACCACAUUCACCGUCCAAAUAGUCACUGCAGGCGUGUGUCACACCGCACUUUUAGGACGGGGAUAUAUUAUGAUGCUUCAAAAAAGUGAAUUUAAUGUGCGUGUAAAGAUUUGAGUAAAUGCAACUUCCAUGUCUGUAUAAAAUGUCAUUAACCAAAUGAUUUGGUUUGAUGAAUGCAGACGAUUGAAGUCUGCUGUACUAAAGUCACACACUGUACCAGGACUCACAGUAUCAUAAAUGCAAGGCCCCAUUCUUUAUUUGCACCCAUGUUCUAUAGGCUGCACAAUGUGUUUGGCAGAUAUUGAAUAUUCCUUUUAAUUUGCUGUCAGGCUACAUGUAACUGGAGCCAUGUAUACAGAUGGGACUGGGACUGUGUAUAUGUGCCUGUAUAGUGAUGGGACUGUGACAAAGUUUCUCUUGACCUUCUCUUCUUUAAAGCUCCAGAGCUUCCAACACACACAUGAAGAAGUGUAGGGUUAAAAAAUGGGUGACUAUAUCGGUCACUAUAGAUCGAUGCAAUAUAUACAUCUUACAU